AUGUACUUCUUAUGUCUAACGGUCUUCCUGUGGUUAGAAAAAAGGCCUAGCGCAGACGAGAGGUCUACUGCUUCAAUGGGUCCAGAACCGCUCCAGGACGGAGAUUACACAUUAAUACGAUUAUCCGAAGAGGAAACGGUGGUCGAGUUUUCAACGGGAUCCAAGGCCAACCCGGUCAAUUGGACAUUCAACAAAAAGCUCUUCAAUGCCGCUGCGGGGCUACUAAUCGUGCUUAACUGCGGCAUAUCGUCCUCUCUCCCGAGCAAUGCCAUCCCCACUAUCAUGCAGGACUUCGGCCAAUCUGGCAACGGGCAGAAGAUUUUGCCAACUGCCAUCUUUCUGAUUGGGUAUUUGAUAGGGCCGAUCGUCUUCAGUCCUGGGAGCGAGAUUAUUGGGCGACGGCCCGUCCUUGUUUGGUCGUUCACGAUAUUCUUCCUUGGCACGAUUGCCUGUGCCUUUGCGCCAAAUUGGCCGGCCCUUCUUGUAUUUCGUCUGAUCUGUGGCACGAUGGCUGCUGCACCCCAGACGGUUGUGGCGGGCGUGUAUGCAGAUUUGUUCGAGGAUAUGCGGACUCGCGGUCGAGCAAUGGCAUUGUACAUGGCGGCUUCGAGCUUUGGGCCUAUUGUCGGACCCAUAAUCUCCGGCUGUUCUGUCCAGUAUGGCUGGCGCUGGACCUUUCGCAUCGAUAUCAUCCUGAGUGCUGUCGGUUGGCUUAGCAUUCUCUUCUACUCAGAGACCUUCGCACCUGCUCUGCUCAAGAACCAAGCAAAGAAGCUGAGGAAAGUAACUGGAAAUAAUCACUAUGUUGCUCCCCAGGAGCGAACGGAGUGCGAUCACGCAUUCAGCAUGCGGGAGACAAUCACUCGCCCCCUGACGAUGCUUCUGUUUGAGCCCAUUGUCCUCUUUAUCUCGCUCGAUAUCUCUCUCGCAUGGAGCAUGGUGUACUUCUACUUCCAAGCAUAUCCCAUUAUCUUCGAGGGGACCUAUGGCUUCGACGUUGCGGAGACAUCUCUCACCUAUAUUCCAAUUGGAAUCGGAGCCGCAUCAUCCUGUAUUUUCUCCAUCUUCUACGACAACUUCUUCGAGAAGGCCCAGAAUAAUCAAAAGCCCUGGGCCUCCGGUCCAGAGACCCAGCGACUACCACUCUCAUGCGCCUCCGCCCCCUGUCUGACCAUCAGCCUGUUCUGGCUCGCCUGGUCCGCCAGGCCAACUAUCCAUUGGAUUGUGCCGGUGCUGUCGGGCGUAAUUUUCGGACUCUCAUAUCAGGCAACGUUUAUCUCGCUGCUAACCUACCUGACCGAUGCCUAUCGGAUCUACUCGGCCAGUGCUCUGGCCGCCUCGGUGAUCAUGCGGAGUGUCGCGGGGGCUCUGUUCCCUCUUGCGGCGGAUCCGCUCUACGGAAAACUCGGUGUUGCAUGGGGGACCUCGAUUCUUGGGUUUGUGAGCUUGGCUUGCAUUCCUAUUCCGUUCGCCUUGUACUACUAUGGCCCGGCUAUUCGGAAGCGCAGUCCCUUCUGUCAGAAGCUGCUCGAAGCGGAUAGAGUGAAGUCCUCGAGCGGCAGGACGACUCCUGAAGAG